AUGCAAUUGAUAUUAUCUCUGGAAGAAGCAGCAGCAAAUAUCGCAGCAGCAAAAGCUGCAGCAGAGGCCAUCUCAGCCAAGGCCAGCAGCAGCAGCAGCAGCAGCAUAAGCAGCAGCAGCAGCAGCAGCAGCAGCAAGUGCAACACACUGCAGCAGCAGCAGCAGCAGCAGCACACCGAUGCUCAUUCGUCAAACCAUCUGGCUGUAGAGGCGCUUCUUCUCUUGCAGCAGCUGCAGCUGCUCCUGAUGCUGCAGCAGCAGCAGCAGCAGCAGCAGCAGCAGCAGCACACAUGA